AUGCGGGGUGCUCCAAUCGUUCUACUCUACGCCGUGACCUUGGCGUCUGGCAUGGUCAUUACUCCCAGACUUGCCGGUGAGGCUCACAUUGCUGUCCGCGGUAGUGGUGAAGACCGCGACGACGGUCCUUGGUGGGGCGGUGACCACGGAGAUCACGGUGAUGGUAAUCAUGGCGGCGAUGAUCACGGCGGAGAUGGCCCCCCAGCAGAGACCACUCCAUGCGAAACUGAGACUCCCCCGCCUGUCGAGACCUCCACUCUGUGCGAGACCGACACGCCUACCAGUCCCCCAGUUGGGACGUUUACUCCUCCCCCGGUUGUGACAUCUACCUCGACUCCUUGUGAGACUGAUACACCGACCCCACCGGUCGAGAGCUCCACUCCAUGCGAGACCGGCACGCCUACUAUUCCCCCAGUUCUGACACCGACCUCGACUCCUUGUGAGACUGGCACUACCACUGCUCCUCCUGCCAGCUCAACUCCUUACAAGACUGAUAACCCUACUGCUCCUCCUCCUGCCAGCUCGACUCCCUGUGAGACUGACACUCCCACCAUGCCUCCUCCUAUUACCACUACGACUAGUAAAACUAUGACUCCCAUCACGCCUCCUCCAGCAUCUACUACUCCCUGUGAGACCGAGACUUCCACUGGUCCUCCCCCGGUUGUCGUGAUAACCACAACCUACACCACUACCACGUGCCCAGUGACCUGGAGCACCAUCACAAGCGGGACCACAACCUACACUCAUCCCGUGACCCAGACCAGCACGAUCACCGUGACGUCUGUCUCCACCUGCACUGAGGGUUGCAUUCAACCGACAACCCUCACCACCAAGCCCACGAUUCCCCCUGCUGUUGGAACAACUCCUACCGUGGUGUUUACCCAUCCCAGUAUUCCAGCUACUGAGUCCACAGCCCCUACCACCAAGCCCACGAUUCCCCCUCCUGUUGAAACAACUUCUCCCGUGGUGCUUACCCAUCCCAGUAUUCCAGUUACUGAGUCCACUGCCCCUCCCACCGAGCACACAACUCUCCCUGGUGUUUCCACAACUUCUGUUGUUGUGCCUCCAGCUACUGAGUCUACUGCGCCGGCACAGUCGAGCCCUAUCAUUUCUUCCACCGAAGCCCCCCUGCUUCCUCCUCCCCUGGUUUCAACAGCGCUCCCACUCUGCAGACGUCGGUCGCUUCGAUCUUCCUUCCUGGCCUGGCUCUUCUGUUUGCUCUGCUCUAAUUGA